AUGCUUAGUAGGAAGAGGGCCGCGGAGAUCCGAGUAUGGGAGUUGCAAGAAUCAUUACAGGAGAUCAACACGAGAAUGAUCAACCACACCAAAGCGAAAUUAGCGGAAAGACGACGAUUUGAAGAAGCAUGGAACAGACAAAGCUUUAGGUGGAGAGCUUCUGUCGCAGGGCGAGAGUUUCACGCAAAUUGGAUGAACGUGGAUAGCGAAAUUGCUGCACAGUUGCACCAACUUGAAGCAGAAAUCGACGAGAAAAAGUACCAGGUCGAGGAAGCUCUCCAUGAGCUACGGAAGUACGGCGGUUGGAACUCGCGUUACGCAUAA